AGACAUGACGGACCACCUAGGAGAGCCAUCAGAGCAUUUUUGAUAGUGAAACAUCAGACGGGGAAAUGUGGCUGUGGGGAGGAUGAGAAAAUAGAACAUGUUAUUUUGUAUUGCAGGAAUUACCGGAUUCAGAGAAACCAGCUAAUUAGGAACCUUAGUAAUUUGAAAAUUAAAUCAAGAGUGUUCAGGAAGCAGAAGAUAUCGGACUAUAUUUGAUUUAAAAAAUAAACAAAAAGAAAACAUUGUAAGUUUUAUAGUAGGAUACUGUUUUUUCUUUGUUUUGGUUUAUUUUAUUUCAUGUUAUGUGCUCCACAUUUCUUACCGGUUGGUGGCGGUAAUGUUCACCUAACGUUUUUUGCCAACCGUCAAUGAACUUAAAGAAGAAGAAGAAGAAGCCAUCACAGCAACAAUAAACACGCACUUUCGGUUUACGGAGUAGACUGGCGGAGCAGGUCUGAGCUUCAGGAAGCAGAAUGGAAGAGGAAGUGGUAAUGGCCAAGACGGAAAAAGAAGACCCCGCUAGCAGUGAAGGGGAGGCCGACGUGGUGAAUAAAACUCCGGUCAAAAGAGGGAGAGGGAGGCCAAAAAGCUCCAAGAAUAAACCGCUUUUUGCAGUAGACCUGAUUCAGGAUUCAGGUGAUUCAAACAACACGACUCAACCCAAGGAGCCGCGGGAGUCUGGGGAAGAAAACGCGGACACCCCGGAUACAGCUCGCAAGGGCAGAGGGAGGCAGAAAGGGUCCACGAAACAGAAAAGGAGCGACAAUACAGAACAAUCUCCAAAGAAAAGAGGACGACCACCGGGGUCUGGCAAGAAACCUGCCUCUGAAGGCUUAGUGAACGGCGGCGGAAGUCCGCGCAAAAGAGGGCGCCCGAAAGCCCCCUUAAAGCGGAAGUCUGACAUAGACGAAGGCAGCUCCGUAACUCCUCGGAAAAGAGGCCGACCGAAAGGAUCUCCCAAUAAAAAAUCGAGGAUGGAGCGGGAGGAUAGUAACUGGGAUGCGGAGAAAUCACUGAAUAUGUCAACAAGUCGACCCAGGAAGCCUGUGGUGAAGUACAGCGGUGGCGUUCCCAAAACUGUCUCAAAGAAAUCUCACAGAGGAAGAGGAAGACCGAGGAAGAACUUGGAUGACUCCCAACCGGUGAAGAGAGGAAGAGGCCGACCAAAGGGCUCUACGAAGAAUAAUCCGUCUCCUUUUAAAGCGCGUAGGAAGCAGGGAAGACCACGGAAGUAUCCUCUGCCUUCUGCGGAGGAGCUGAAGAAGCCCAAAGUGUGGAAACCCCUGGGAAGACCGCGGAAAUACCCCCGAGUCGAGGAGGAAGCGUCAACGACGCCUCGUAGAGGCCGCGGUCGGCCGCGCAAGUCCAAGAAAGGUGCUCACUUACGAAAGAGCCUAACGUCUCCUUCCUCCCCGCGCGACGGAACGCCGAGGAAAAGAGGCCGCCCGGCGGCUAACCCGAGCAAAGACGACGGCGGCCCCCGGAAGAAGCGGGGCCGCCCGAAAGGCUCCACCAGAGGAGACGCGCAGUUCAACAACUCCAAGGCAGCUAGCGAAGGCGAACAGGAGCAGAUGGAGGCGGCGUCGAUACGCGGGGAGGAACCGGGAGAAACUGUCCUGGCUCAGGACGUUAGCUACGACAACAGCGAGCAGGCUUGAUGUACGGUCCGGUCUGACCACGACGUUGGCUGUAGUCGUUGCCGUUGAGUCAUAGAUCAUGUGUUUUAACCUUCUGUCCGUUUGCUAGGCUAGGUAUUCAGCAGCGUCUCCAGUUUUACUUCUAACGUCGUCAUCUCUUUUAUUGUGCUUUUGCUAUUAUUCUAAUUUUUUUUUUGGAAAAAGUUAUUUCUUUCAUCUGAGUGAAAAUUGGAAGCCAAUACAGACAGGUUGUUCUCAUAGAGAUGCACCGAUCUGAAUUUUGUCAUCUGAAAUUGAAAUUGGGUUUUCUUUGUGAUCCUGCUGAUUCAAAUUUUGACAGAUUCUGAUGCGUUUCACUGCGAAAACACAUCUUAUCAAGUAUUUUUGGUCUACUCUUUAGUGCAAACACUAUAGUAGACUUGAAACAAGACAAAAAUAGUAACUUUUCAGCAAGAUAGGAGCUUGUUUAUGUAAAUAAUUACUUAAUAUUGAUUAAAAUAAUAUUUCCACUGGCACUUAUAACAAUAAAUUUUCUCCAAUAUUAUGAGUGAAUCAAUAUUAAGAAAUUAUUUACUUAAAACAAUGUCUUACAUAUUGCUAAAAAGUUUUUAAGACUUGUCUUAAUUCAAGUGUAUUAGAGUUUAUUGUCAUUCAAUUGUAUGUUUAAAAAUGUACAAAUUGAAAGAAAAUCGCUGCAAGGCUCCAAUAAAUAAUAUUAUUAAUGUAAAUAUAUAUAAUAAAAGGUUAAACUAAUGGCAUUUUAGCAGUCUUAUGAGGGAUGAAGCUUUUGUGGAAUCUGGUUGUUUUGCAUUUGAAGUUUUUAGGCAGCAGGGAGAACAAACCUUUAUAAUCGACCGAACCCUGGACAGACUGCGGCUGUGAGCGCCGUUAGGGAUGGUACGAUGAUCGGCCCAGAUGAAUCCCAGCUGUCCUCACCUCUCUCUCUCCACACGUUGCCAGUCUGAGGUGUUGGAUGCUCCAAACCAGACAGAGAUGCUGCUGGUCAGUACGCUCUCUAUUGUCCAUCUGCAGGAAGUGGUGAGGAUGGGAGCGGGAAGGUUUGCUCUUCUCCACUAGGCCUGUCACGAUAACAAAUUCUGCCGAGCGGUUAAUUGUCUCAAAAAUUAUUGCGAUAAAUGAUAAUAUUGUUUGAAGACCAUCUUAAAUUGAUGCGAUGCUAAUGCAGGCAACAUCCUGCCAAAAAUAGAUACUUUUUUUGUCCAAAAGAACAUUUAACACUGGAACUGAUAAAAAAUAAAUAAACAAAACAACCAAAAGCAAAAAUAAAAUGGAUUCUCAGGAUUUGUUAAAAAAUGCAGUUGAAUAAAAUCUAAAUGACAUAAAACCAAAGUGGAAAUAAAAUUACAUUCAAACAAAACAGUAGAGAUUAUGAAGUCUAAAUAAUACUAAAUAGUUCUUCAAUAAUCAUUAUGUUUAGAUAAAGACAGAAAUCUCUGAUGCAAUAGUUCACUCCUCCAUUACGCUGAGUAAAUGAGGAAGGGAGGCGUCAGCGGAGUUGAGCCUUUUUUCAUCCAGUGUCAUCACUGGAUGACGCACAAUAAAUUAAAAUGAGGUCGAUAAUUUUCAUUUAUCAUGUGAUUAAUUGAUUUAUUGUUUAUCGCGACAGCCCUAUUCUCAUCCAGCAUAAAAAGCGCAGACAUUGCUGAGCUUUUUCUACUGUUGGCAUUCAGGAUUAGAUGGUUUGCCUCACACCUGAUGUUUCGCCCGUUUGUUGUCGUCCCUGAUGAGACCCACCACUGUUGAGGUUGGUUCUGAACCUGACGGGUCGUCAGGGUGAAGGGCAGUGGAUUCGGUACGCAGAGCCACUGCUGAGGGAGACGACCCUCGAAGCGUUAGCAUAGUUGUAGUGAAAACUAGGGCAGAAAUACUUGGUAGGAUUUUGUGUUUUUGCAGCAUUUUGUUUUUAUUGAACAUAUUCAUAAAAGAAAAAGUUUGAUUCAGACUAUUUGUUCUGGUUUUUUUCUUUCUAGGGAUUGUAAAAAAAAAAAACCCCCAAGAAAAACAUGUCUGUACAUUCGCAUGAAGGAAAUACAAGAUUAUGUCCAUUUAAGCACUUGACCUUUAACCUUUAUCUGAAUUGUAUUCAGUUCAAGACAAAAUGUGUCAAAGUAUAUGUUGAUUGUUGAUGCCUUUACAGACUGAAAAUAGCCGGACUUCCUGUUUUUGAUGCUUUUAUUUAAUUUUUUUGGUCACUGAUUGGAGUUCAUUAAUGGAAAAUCGGGCCGAUUUCGACCUCUAGUAGUUUUAUCGGUGUGUCAGGGACUUUUCUUGUUCCUUUCCGGCUUAUUUUUGACACAAACCCUUCUUGUCCAUUAAGAGAUGAAGCUGAAGACCUUUACCAUCCUCCAGAAGGUGGCGCUAGAAGCUGAUCUAGUUUUUUCCAUUCAGAAUCUUGUUUUUAUGCCUUGUAAAUCGGCCAAAAUGUGCUUUUCUUAAACCCACGGUGGAAACAGUUUUUAAAAACAAAGUAUUGAACACAAAAAAAGUGUCAAUUUGAGGUAUUUUGUUUCUAAUAAUUUAACGUUCAUUUUGGGAUGAAGUUGUUUGAUAUUAAGCAUUUCAGUUGUUUCUUGUUCAUGUUCUGUUGUUGCCUCAGUGCCAAAGCUUUGAAUGUACUUUAUUUUAUUGAGUCUCUAUUAGUUGCAUUCCUCCAGCAGUCCAAUAAAAACCACAUCUCGCUUUCCUGUUGCGCCCUGGAAGAUUUCCUCCUGUUUGUAUCUAUUAACAAUUUGUUUUGUCUUUUAAUGUUAGGCAUGUAGCGUUCAUUGUUUUUCUUUUUUAUUAUUCUUUAUUUUUAACAUUUUUUGGGAUCAAUUGAUGAUUUCACCAACAUUCAUGUGUGUGUUUUGGGGUACUUGUGCGUUGUACGUGAUUAUUACUCAUAUUGACAACAUUUGAAAUCUAAGAGAGAAUUAGGCUUUGAGGUGGAUUUUUAAGAUUAAUAAUUUGUGAGAAAAUGUUUGAAUUAAAAUAAAAUGUUCAUCUGGCCAUUUUA